AUGCGGGUUCUAUGCGGGUCGGUAGAUAUAAUUGUCACACCUGAAGCUAAUGUCGGCAUCAAAAUUGGUGGCGGCAAGCUGGCCCAUGGUGACUAUGAUUCCUCGGACAAUGCCUUCCAUUACCGAUUUGGUGCCUACCUCCUCUAUAACCUCGGUUAUAAGGCUAAGGCCAACAUCCUGGGUUUCAUUGACUGGGCUUUGGCCCCUCGUAAAGCAUUUACGCCAGAUAACACGGUGACUUUGUACGAGAAGAAGGGCGCAAUCCCGAUGUCUUCGUCAGACAUGGAGACAAGAGACCUAUCACUCGAUAGCGCCAUCCAUCGGCGACAGGGAUCUGAAGCACUAUCCAUAAAUGCUACGAUGCCCUACCUUGAUGCAGCUAUGGGGCUCACUCGUCGCGAAGAUGGGAGUGCGGAUAAUCCCAAUGAUUCAGAGUUUUCUCUGCCAGGCUCUUACCCGCCUGGAACUUCCGGGUUCCAAGUGCCGGAGAUACGAUUCAACUGUGCGCAUCUCUCCAGACUGAAGCUUACCGGAGCUCGGGCCAGUAACCAGGGCAAGACCGCAGAGCAGAAUAACUGGCAUGGGCAAUGCCUUAUAAUGAUCGGUGACAUGAGCUCAAAUUGGAAAAUGCUAGACGCCGACACCGCUAAGAACGACGAUGUGGAAGACUUUUGGGUGCCAUGGAGAAACGACAUGCGGAACAAUGACAAGGAAUCAUGGACGUUCAAGAGAGACUAUCGUGCUACAUGGAUCACUGAUGGCUCCAAGCCUGACGACUGGUGGAACUUUGUUAGCCGCCGCUGGUACAGUGAAGGCUACGAGGGGGAUGCAGGAGGCGAGGCGAUCUUUUGCGCAAUGAAUCACUUCGGUCAGGAUAAUGUGUAUAAGUUGGAGACUGAAAAAGGGAAAAAGUAUAAUGGCUUCUGUCUUAGGAAUGACGGCUCAGGCAUGGCGAGCGACUGGCAACAAAUGCACAAUCUGGGCAAAUGCUUGAUCACAUUUGGCAACACACAGGGCCAAACCCCGGACUCGACCAAUACCAAGAGAGAUAGCUAA